AUGGCCUCGGCUCAGCAAACGGACCCAGCUCUCCUCCACUCCCCGUCCAUCCCGUCCCAGCAACCCUCCCGCUCAACGUCGCCCUCGCACCAAAACCUCAAUCUCGUCCUCAAUCCGUCCCCUCCAGACCUUUCACCCCACACUCAUGACCACAAUCAGCAUCAGCAUCCCCAGAACCAUCUCCAUCUUUCAAAUGGCGUUCCCCAUCCUUCCUCCCCGCUGACCUCAGCCUCUCCCGCUGUUCUUUCACAUCCAGAUCCAACCGCCUCUCUACAAUCAAUACUCGCUGCAUCUCGGAAAGAUCCCAAUGUCAACAAUGGUCAGCAGCUUACUUGGAGCAUCACAACCCCCCCUGUGCCCCCCUUGCCCGCUCAGCAUACAACGCCCCAUCACCCCGCUUCAUUAUCACAGCCUUCAAAUUCAACCGGAAAACGCAAGUUGGACGACACAGACUCCGAGGACCCUCAUCACAAGAUUCGCCGCAUCGUCCGUGACCAUGUAUCCCAGGAUCCUUCACGCGUCGUACCUAUGACUACCGUGAUAUGUCUCCAUGCUGCUGUUGCCCAGAAAUCCUAUGGCAGCGAAAAGCGUUUUCUUUGCCCCCCACCCGUCGUGCAUAUCGAGGGUCCUGUUUGGCACAUGCGCUCACAGCAGCUCGCAAUGUCUGUCGUGUCUGAAAACGGUGAACGCUCUUUUGAGCAAAAGGCUCCUCUUGAUAAUACAAUGACAGCAAGCUUCAAAUUUUUACAUGUGACUGGUACCGCCAAGGCAAAGAGUUUUCAGCUGUCUCUCGACAUAGUAGAACCUCCCCCUGCACACCCCACCGCAGAGGGUGGCGAUCCCCCCGGUGGUCGUGUAUGGGCAGCUUUUGAUUCAGCUCCAGUAACCAUAAUCUCUAAGCCUUCAAAGAAGACCGCCAAGACGCGUAACAUCUCUUCUUGCAUCCUGGCUGGGGGCCCAGUGUCUCUUUUCAACCGCAUCAAUUCCCAAACUGUGCGCACAAAAUACAUGACCAUUGAUCACGCGCAAUUGUGUGCCAGUAAUGUAGCCUGGUCAGCUUUCAAUGUAAAUGUCGUACAACGUCCAAACGACGCGCCUCCUAUGGGUGGUCCACAGCCUGUGACUUACGGCUGUGAAAUUAUAUUGUCAGACGUGCAAUCCGGCAUCUCCACAUCUCCCCUAGUCAUACGUAAAGUUGACAAGGGUCGCGUUUCUGCUGAAGAUGGCGGUCCAGUUAGCCAAAUGCAGAAGAUUGCCUUGCAAAGGGUCAAUCCAGAUGGCUCACGGCAUUACUUGUCCGCUGCAGGGCCCAUUCCUGGUACACCUGGUGUUGUCGCUCCUCCAGCGCCCGGAAUGUCAUCACAAGCCGGCACGCACCCCUUGAUCUUUCAAUCACCUCGUGUACGGGAUGAAACGAAAGACGGCGUGCGUACCAUAACGGAUGAAGUAGAUGACUAUUUGUGCUGGACAAUCGUUGGUAUCUCCAAAUUUCAGUACACGUUUUUUGACGCCUUUGGUCAAAAUAAUUCCAUACCUGAAGUACCGAUUACCCCAUUCCCAACUCUUUUCACAUCGCCGGUCUAUCGUCCAGCGAACAAUACUGUGGAGAUGACGGUGUCAAACUUCUUCUACGAUGAUCCCAAAUCGGGGACACAAACGCCGCUUGCCGUAUAUCUUGGCAACAUCGGACCCCUUCGCCAACGUGUCUAUCAAGCUACACCCCCAGGUCCACUGACGAGCAUAUCGCCUUUCAUACCAAACCCGACGCCAAUAGACACAGGAUCACAUGAGAAUGCGUCUAUAGGAGCUACCUCAGUUUCUUCAGUACUUGCUUCUCCCCGAUACGUACAAUCGGCACCUUUGCAUACCAUUGUUAUUGUCGAAAUGCCUUCUUUGAUGGAUGUCAUCAAGGCUCUCGAAGAGGAUGCCAUACCGCCGAAUGGUAAUAUUUUAGGUCAAACAUCAUCAUCUGAAAACGAAGCUUCGACGUCGGGGCCACAUCUUGAUGGGAACCCCCCACUGCCCCCACCACCAUCGAUUACCGGGCGUAGUCUUCCCCUUUUGUUUAUCCGGGCCUCGGACGGGGUUGGGUACCACUCUGGGCGUACCAUCGCGUGCGAGAAUGUCUUCCAGACGAUGGAUCUUGGAACGAUGGCUGCUGCCAGUGCAUCAAGUCCCAGUGGCACCAGUAUUGAUACGAGCUGGCUGGCGGCUGCUCAGGCAGCAGCAGCAGUAGAUGGCGGUUUGCAUGGCUGGACACUGAGAGUGAUAUGA